AUGGCGGCGCCGGCCUCGUUCGCGAUGGGCGAGGAGCUGUCCGUCACCACGGCAAUUAUUGGCCUGCUGGCAGUAGGAGGCAAGACCAUCGAUGCUCUGUGGGAUCUCAACACGCCGGCCAACAAGGCCAAUUCCAUCUUCGCCACCGCUUUGCAAGAGAUUAAGCAGUGUCGGUCGACUGUCCACAUCCUGUACAAGACAUUUUGCCUGCUUGAAUCAGCACAGCUGCCAUUCCCCGAACGUGGAACGUGGAUCGAAGCCGACUAUCUCAUCGCAACAUUGACCGAUACGGUGCUUGCCGUUUCCGACAUGCAAGCCAUCUGCGCGACCUUGAACCUUGAAAGGCAGGGACUUGCGACUCUCCCAGCUGAGGAUGUCGGUGUGGACCAUAACUACUCCUCGACUCAUGAUCACAACAUCCAUGCCUUGUGCUCGCGAAUUCGAUGGCACAACCUCUCAAUGACAAUGAUGAUGACCAUCUUGAAAUGUCCAGGCGAAUCAGAUGCCCAGAAUAGCAGAGUGGGUCUGGAGCGACGAAUGACGAGAUUGCUCGCCGCAAACACCGAUCUAUCAGGUAGGAUGCGUCAGCUCGAGGACGUGUUUGAUGGUCAAGCCAUUGACCGAGAAUCGCUCCCACACUACAGCCCACCGGCUCGACAGCAGGCCUUUUGGGUCCCCCAGAGAGCUGCGCCAUCGGUUUCGUCAACCACCACCACCAGUGCUGUUGGAGGUCAGACAUGUGGCAACCAACAUACACUGCGAGUGCUUUCACCAUUUUCGGGCUAUACCCUCGCGGACAUACCUGUACUCUCCAUAAUUCCUCUCCCCGUGACCACUGGCGAGUUGGUUGACGGCAAUGAGUUUUACACAUUCGCAUACGCCCGACGUUUGCGUGGUAUGCGGCCAGAGGUCGAAAUUCACACAAACAUUGAAGACAUCGGCAAUAAUGAGAUUCGAAACAUUGUCGGCCCAUUCGACCCCAUACAUCAAGCAAUUUAUGCAUACAAGACCUUAUAUCCCCCCGCUCAGAGCAACAACGCGUCCAUGGAGAACAAGCAGGGCAUCAACAAUCACUCAAAUUUAACAGUCAUACAUGGUUGA